CGUACUUUCCACGAUGAGCAUUCCCCCAGGACGUCAGGUUGCAACCUGAUAUACUCAUCUAUUGUUCCGAGUCAACACUCGACAUUGUUAGUGGCUGACCGGAGAAGAAAAACUCCUUCAAAACGGAGAGGAGAGCCACUCAGCGGGAUUAAUCAUGUCUGUCAAGCUUUCUAAGAGGCUGAGCAGCAAAAAGAAAAAGCCUCCAAAGAACAAUGCCCAGGCAGAGGUUCUCAAUAAGCUGGGCCUGGAGGCCUUCUGGACUACACCACUGGACCCAACAUCCAUGUUGGACAUCAGCACUUGGACUCUGGAGAACCAAGCUCCUCUAGAUCUUAAGGAUUUACCACAUGCAUUCCUCCAGCGCCUUUGGCUGCUGAGCCCAGAUGCCCGGAGUCCUUCCUGCAAACCUCAACAUGAUACUCCAAACAAUGCCAACAAAUCACCCAAGGAAAUAAUCAAUGGUUUUGGAGAAAGCCAGUGUGCCAUCAACCCCCUUGAUCUAGUUACAGCUGUCUUUAUGUCAGCCAACACUUUCCUUCAGCAGGAAAUGACUGUGCGCAUGAUGCAAUGCCAGUUUGCUGUGCCACUGGUCCUUCCAAACAUUGAUCCAGAAGAGCCAAGUCACUUUCUUCUUUGGCCUUUGCGAAGUGUUGUGAGCCAAUGGAGGUCUCACUUUUCAGACAAAAACAGGAAGGUCCACGAGGGGGAUUUGGCAAGUACACACAUGCCAGUGGUUUCUUGUGUGAAGCUUGGUCACUGUAGUGUCUCCAAGUCACAGGUGCUAAACAAUGUUAUGAAUGGACUAAGAUCUCCUCAUGAAACAUUUCUCCACAGGGGGAUAGAUGGAGGACAGCUGCCCCGAAGACUCUCCAAUGGCCUGGUAGAGAUCGGAUGGUAUCUACCCACUGGAGACACAACCAGAGAUAUUUUUCCUGUCCCUGUGGUCAUAUCUAACCUGCGUGGUGAUGCAAGUACACAAGAGAAAUAUGUAAGCCUUCUAUGUCAAGUGUCUUCAGCUGUUGUUGUUUUCUGUGGGAAUCUCAGAGAUAAAGAAAAACAACUUCUUGCUUCCUGCAAAAACAUGGCAAGCAAGCUGAUAUUGAUUGACCUAUCAGACACUGAGAGAAAUGAAAACAGAGUUGUGGGGUUUGUUGAUCAAAACCUUGAAUUAGACAUGGGUCUUCCCAGAGGAUCGGUGCUGCAAGGGGGAGCUUUGAGUGAGGAGGAACUGGGCACUAGGCUGUGUGACACCUUGAAAGAUCUCUUACCAGAUAAGCUGAAACUUGUUACACUUGAGGCAGCAGCAAAAUUAGCAGAGGAGCAAGGCUUUAAUGUGGAUGAAGGGGUGAGCUGUAAAAAGGCAAUGGCCACAGUGGAGGAAGUAUUGAAAGGUUUAGAUGAGGGAUCUGCUCAAUUUAGGGAGAAACAGCUUCCUCUGCAGGGGCCUUUGUGGAGCAAAUUGGCUGAAACAGAAAAAAAGGAGAGAAAGCAGAGGAAAGAAGGAAAAGAAAUUGACCCCCGACUGCAAAAAGAAAAGAAAGACAUCUUGGUGGAGUUGAGCAGCUACAAAAUGACCCCAGCAAUGAGGAUUUUCACCAAUGCACUUUUCACAACAGAUAAAGUGGAGAGAACUUGUUUCCUUAGUUGGAUGAAGCUGAAGCUUCAGCUGAUGCAAACUAAAAAACAAAACAGUCCAGAAGAUCCUUUCUUAAACCCGACAGAGACAGAAAAUAACGAUCGCAUGCCUGAACAUUCUGAUGAGCUUGAAAAUGGAGCCCAUGAUGACCUAGAGGAUAGUGAUAGUUUCUGCACAGAUUCAACGUUUGAAGAUGAACAAACUGAAGAGCAGCCUGUAAAUACGGAAAUGCAAAUUUCUGAGCAACAGUUUGAGAUAGACCAAGACCAUAUUUUGCAGCAGUCCACCACAGAACCACAGUCACAACAGAUAGAAGAUCUCGAGUCCACACAUGAUACAGGCAUAGAGCAGCAGUUAUACAUGACUCAAGGUAAAGAAAUUAUUGAAAACAAAGAAUGUUUUAGGGAACAGUUUGCAGAUCCAGUCUCGCAGGACCAAAACCGUCAGUCUGGAGAAAAUGGAACCUCAACCCGGCAAGGGAAACAGCAAGAUAAACUGGAGCUGACACUAGAUGAGUCAAAUUCGACUUCUUCUGCCGAACAACAAGUGUCCCCAGAUGUUUCCUUUGAACAUCAGGAAGUCUCAUGUUCACAGCCUUUUGAACCUGAUCCGUCCUCGUUGGGGCUUGAGCACUUUUUGCGUGAGAUGGGCCUAAUUUUUGAGCUAACACGUAUCAGCCCCGGCAGUGGGAGCCAAAAUGUGUUGCGUCUCCCUAGCUUAGCCACAGACCUUCUUCUCUAUGGGAUUCCACUUGAAAUAAUGGAUGGAGAUGCCUCAAACAUCCCCAUCCGCUGGUUGGGCUGUGUCUUUGCAGAGCUCAAACGCCGCCUACCUCAAGAAAAGUGCAGGACCCGGGUGUUGACAAACCUGGGUGUACAUCAUGCAAGGAAUGCUGAGAUUCUUUCUGCAUUAUUUGGGGUGAAAUUUCCUGAAGGAAGGAAAAGGUCCGCUAAAGGUGUGUACAUGGUCACCCUCUGUCUCCCUGAUAACCUUAGAAAAGAUAUGGAAUGUGAUUUUCUGUUGUUAAUUGAUGUGGAAGGUCUCUGCUCAGACAACAGAAGUAAUGCACUGAUUUACGACAACGAGAUGGCCACUGUUGCAACAGGACUGAGUGAUGUUUUAAUGCAGAACAUCUCUUCACAUGUGGGUGCUGACCUUGAAAGUAACUUCACUGUCAUAGUCAAUGCUCUCCUACGCAUCAAAGAAUGUGGCUCCAUGCCCAUUUGCCAACUCCUAGUCCAGGAUGAAGGAAUAAACAGUGUAUUACAAGCCUCGCAGUUAAAGCGUGUAUCUGACAUGCUUCAGACCGAGACUGGGGACAGAGAAACUAACAAUGCUGAUCACUAUUAUGCAAAGACUACAAGCUGUACCACCUGUGUCAAAGGGCCCUGGAACAAUAUGUCCCUCUCUGAGCCAACUGAUACGCAGUAUAGCGAGGCUGUGUUAAAGCUUAAGCAAAACCUGUUCGGGGCAUUGAAGAAGUGUGCAGCUAAGUCUGAAGCCACAGGGCUGCCUGAAUUUAUGAGCCGUUUGUGUGCUGUUUGGGAUGCAGUGAGAGAAGAAUCAUUCUCCAUCAGUCUGCAAAAUACUGACAUCGCUUCAGCAUUCUCUUUAUUGUGCGUAGAGCUUUCCCAGUGGGAGGACACUUUCCUGGAACACAUGGAAAGCUGGCUUAUGGGGGCAACAAGUAAAAUCUUCGCCACAAAGGCAAAGGCUUUGGACCCUGCAAUUCAAAAGAGCCUCCUGAGUGAGCUGAAGGAUGAAGCCAAAGCAGAAGUCAAAGCAGAGGUGGGCAAACUCAGGUCAAAAGUAGAGGCCUAUUUGAUGAAAGAUGACCUCAACAUGAACACAUUCAGGCCAAUCCUAAUGAGCAAUAUGGAUGCCCUCCAGGAGCGGGUAACUGAAGAGAUCAUGCAAAGGUUGGAGGCAGUCAACGAGACCCAUUGCUCUUCCACACAGUUGCAAAAAUUUGAGACCUUGCUGGAAAAAGAACAAGAAUCCAAGCUACACACACUGAUAGAGAACAGCAGGUCCACCAAAGCUCUCCUUCAAGAUGCUGAAUUAGAAGAGGAGUUUGAGGGUGUGUGGAGUAAGCUGUUGUCCAGUUUCGACUUCAGGCCCUCAGAAACGGAUGACAUUACUGCAAGAGUGACUAAAAUUCUGAAAGAGAAUCUAAUCAACCGCGGUCUCCAGAAACACAUGAAAAAGCUUGAAGUCAUCGGCCAAAACCAGUCAUCUAGCUUCUACGUAUAUGAUGAGCACUUUGGAUACCGCAGCAGAUUAAAGCACAUGUUUGAAGACAACAACAGACUGCAGAGGUUAGAAGCUCAACGGGUAGCAUGCGGUAUCAUAGACGAAUAUCAACAGUUUGUGGCUGAUAAAUCUAGCUCACCAGCAGAUUUCUCUGACAGCUACAUCACAGAAGUGUUAGAAAAUGUUGAAAAAGCUCUGAAGGAAAAAACUAUGGAAAUCAGAUCAGCUUUUGAAGUUGAUUUGAAGGUUUAUCUCUGUAGCACUGCAUGCCAAGACUUCCAAAAACUACAUGACCGCUAUGCCAAGGACAGGGAGCUUUUGACAUGUAUUUCUGCAACCAAGAGUAACUACUUGGCCGAGUUUAUCUACCAAUUCAGGAAGAGAGACCAGUGCCAGAGGAUGGCUCAAGCAUUCACAUCCAUGGUCAUCAAACCUACAGUGCUGGACUACAUCUAUAGACCACUGGGGGUGUGUAUUGUUGAAGAGAUCCAAGGUAAAGCCCUGCAGUAUCGGUCCCGACGUGCUUUCCACCAAAGCUUGUUAGAGGAGCUGAUAAAGGAAGACUGCUUUGAAAGCUUCCUGGAAUACUUGCAAUCCUAUGACAGCUUCAGACUGAGGAAGGUUCAGGAGACAGUUGUGACUCACCUCUCUGAAUCAACCAACUUGGAUAAAUGGAGGCAACUGAGACUUGGAGAAAUUGUAGGAAAGUUUGCGGCAGCAGUGAGCAAAACGGCAGAAGGUACCAAUGGAGUGCUGAGUGAUGCAAAGCCGCUGCUGGAGAGAGUGUGCCUCACUUUAGAGACAGAUGGAGAUGUGGAUGUCACCAGGGCCUCUCUGGAUGGACCUCUUUUCAGUAUUACCACCGAAUGGGAUCGCUUCAUCACAUGCCUAAUGGAGUUACUGGCUGCAAUGCGGUUGGACCUAGCUCAUGAGUUCGCCCAAAAUAUGGAUGUCACCCAAUUUCUUCAGUGCCUUCCAAUUCAGCCCCAUGACUCCCUCUUCAACAGAGUGAGAGGCUGUGAGAAGCAAUGUCCUCUCUGCAGAGCUCCCUGUGAACUGGAGGAAAUGGGGCAUGAGGUUCACAGGGCUGUGCUCCACAGGCCCAAAGGCAUGUUGCCCCAUAGCUCCUGUUCUCUGUCCAGUACAAGCUGCUGUGGAAGCAUAACCAAGUGCAACCCAGGCGAGGGCAAGGACACAGAUGACACGUCUGUGGAAUGCAGGGACCUCAGUUCUCUCUACCCAGACUGGAGCAUCUCCCCUGAGGACCCAAGCAGCCAGAUGCCCAGUGUUUAUUGGAGGUAUGUGUUGGCCAGGUUCAAUGAGAGGUUUGCAAGGGAAUACAAGCAGGAGCCAGCCAAGAUUCCUGAGCAUUGGAAGACAAUCACUCGGGAGGAGGCACUGAACAGUCUGAACGAGGCUUUCCUCUCUGACUAGUGCUCAAUUUGUGUGCUGAUUGCUGUCUUUAUCAUAAUAUAGUGGAUGUGAUGUUUUGUUGAUUGCAGUUCAGGUUUUAUCCUGCAUAGAAAUCUUUUGCCAUUAUCAAGGAUGAUGAUGUUGAUGAUAAUGGUAAUAAUGGACAGAAAGGUAAUCAUUCAAAAGACGAAUUAUGGUUACUAAUUUGUUUUCUUUUUUUAUCCUUUAUGUAAAAUAUGCUUUUGAAAUAUAUUGUAAAUGUUGACUCCUUAUUACCUCACAUUCAUUACUAUUAUCUCCUUCACAGCUGAUGAAAUAAUGUGAAAAAUUGUGAGGUAUUAGCAUGCAUUCAAAACCAACCAACCUGCAAUAUCAAAUUAAAAUGCAAUUGUUUACCUUGGUAAUCUUUGUCAUUUAAAAGGUAAUGUUAAUGUUUUGGGGAUUUAGAGAAGAACAGAAAUAUCAAGUACUUCAGAAUUAAUACAUUAAAUAUCUCAAAUUCUUCUCACAUAUAUCCAACAGUGAUUUCAAGUAAGAUGUCAAGUCCAUUUGUUUUGUGUUUAGAAUUGACAAACUACAGUAUAACCAUAGCUGUAAACCUUUUGUUUCAUACGCACACAUGCAGGUUAUGGUUACGCAUUUUUAACUACAAAGAUGUUGCAAUAAGUAAAAAAAUAAGUCAAAGUAUUAAAAUGACUAUAAAUAAAUAAAUAAUUUGCACAGUAA